AUUCAGAGUAUUCGAACCUUAAACCGCAAUGUAGUCUAUGUCUAAUGUAUAGUACAAUGGAUUCGUGAUAAUGGUAGUCCUAUUCGGGGUUUAUGGAAAUUAUACAAGAGGUUUGCCAUUAUCCUACACAAACGAGCUAUUCCUCUCUUGUAAACGACUAGCAUGGCCUAUUAAUGAUCUAUUCAAUGUUUCUGCCCAAAAGAGAGCGUUCGCUUAUUAUAGAUUUCACAAACGUGUUGGCAAAGGCAAUUGGAAUAGAUACAUAGAGAGAUACAACAAACCUAGAACUAUAGAGAAUACCCAGCGCUUGAUAUUUAAUUACAGAGCCUCUUUCCAAGCGGCGAAAGGUUCAUUAUCAUAUCUGUGGGAACUUCCGAAGAAAAUAGCAUCCGCUACAACAUCUAAUGAGGUAUUCGAAGCAUGGGUAUAUUAUAGACAUAAGAAAAAGAAAUUAUACCAUUAUGUCCUAGCUCUAAGGAGAUUAACUGAGAUUGGUCAUGUGGAUAUAUCAGAUUGGAGGUUUAAUUUAAUAAUCACUAGGUUAAUACAGCGUUCCAGAUACUUUUUGGAUUUGCCGAACGUUUGUCGAUAUUUGGGUAGCCUCAAGGCUACGUCUGCCCUGGACAAAAUUUCGACCCAUUUAUGUGAAAGGAUUAGCUAUUAUUCUCCUAACCAAGUUGCAAAAAUUGCUGAUGCUUUUGGAACAUGUAGACUCCAUAACAAAUACUUAUUCUCUAUUGCAGCCAAACACUUUGAGGCGAAUCUAAAUUCAGCAUCUAAUGAUUCCAUAAUUAUUAUUGCAAAAGCGUUUGGAAAUUGUAUGGUAUACAAUUUCAAACUGUUAAAGGCACUAUCACUGGAAUUGCAAAGACGUUUAUCUAAUGACAUUUCUAUCGACGAGUUCAAAGACAUCUAUUCCGUAGAAAGUAAACAUUCUAUGGCGAAUAUUUGCAAGCCCGAAAAUGUCACAAUAAACAAACCAAAGCUGGAACAUAUUGUUGGUUUAGCUGAAUCGUUCGCCUCAUUGAAACUUCAAGAUUUCUCUUUGAUGGAAAUUCUGUCAUCAAAAUUAGUAGAGAGAAUACAAUCGUCUACAUACGUUAACGUUGUAAGCCCAUAUUUACUAGCACGGUGCCUAAGAAUCUAUCGCAAUCUGAAAAUAAAUGAUAUCUCUCUGUUUAAAAUAGUUCUAAAAAACGUCCAUGAAUUUCCAUACAACUAUCCUCCAGCAUGUGUUGGAGAAAUAUGCAAUGAUCUAUCAUCUCUUUUACCGAAGGAAAACAAAUCCGUUGAAAAGGCAUUUGAGGAUAUAUCCACUUAUAUUAGGCAACACCUUUCGAACAUGAAAAAUAGUUGCCUGGCUAACGUUGCCACCUUUAUCCAUAAAGCUGGUGGAGCUGUUACCUGGAAAAAAGAGUUUUUGGGUCUUGUAGCUAAUACCGUAGUUGACAACAAUUUUGAUAGAUCGUACUAUGACAUUCCAAAGUUAAUGGAAAUUCUUUCUACAUAUUCAGCUCUGGAUGAAAAUUGUUUUCAAAUAUUAUCCAAGGGAAUCUAUCAUAUAAUUGACGAUUUUGAGCCAUGUGACUUUGUCAGGAUUUCGCGCGUUCUAAGAGAAGCAAAAAAGAAGCAUCAGCUUGAAAAUGCAAAACUUGUAAACAUGAUAGCAAAGCAUCUGAUUGAACACCACCAAGAGCUGUCAAUUCCUCAAUACCAUUGUGCUAUUCGUGAUCUCACACUAUCAGGCUCACUACAAACCUCAAUAUCACAGCAACUGUGGGCACUAAACAGAUAA